AUGCACGCAGCCCUCUUCAACGGAAUAGCCUCACACGUCCACGACUACAACGACACAUACCUCGACACAAUCAUCCACCCAACGGGACCAGUAGCAUGUGCUCUCCUCGCCAUAGCCGAGACGCUCGACCACCCCGUUCUAGGAACGGAGUUCCUCACCGCGCUGGUCGCUGGCAUCGUGGCAGAGUAUGUCGGGUGGCAUAUUACUUCGACGGUUGGAUCGAUUGGUGCUGCUGUUGCGGUGGCGAAGUUGCUUGCGUUGUCGGCGGACCAGGUGGCUCAUGCGAUUGGGGUUGCGGCGACGCAGGUUACGGGAUUGAGGGAGAUGUUCGGGUCGCAUACGAAGUCUUUUCAUCCUGGGCGGGCGGCGCAGAAUGGAUUGGUUGCUGGGUUGUUGGCGCGGGAGGGGUUUACGAGUUCUGUGCAGGCGUUGGAGGCGAAGAGGGGGUGGGCGAAUGUUGUUAGUUCUGGUCAUAGGCUUGAUGAGGAGAUUGCGGGGCUUGGGGAUGGGAGGUGGGAGAUUGCGAGGAAUGCGUUUAAGCCGUUUCCGUGUGGGAUUGUUGUUCAUCCUGUUAUUGAUGGGUGUGUUUGGUUGCAUGGGGAAUUGGAGAGGGUUGGGAUUGACGUUGAGGAGGUUGAGGAGGUCAUUGCGGAUGUGCAUCCUCUUGUGCUUCAGUUGACUGGGAAGACGGCGCCGAAAGCGUAUUAUCAUGGUGGUGCAGUUGGGCUCUUGUUUGGAAAGGCCACACCGGCGCAAUACGAAGAUCACAUUGUUGUUGAUGAGCGGAUUGUGGCCUUGAGAAAUCGAUUCAGGGCGGUCCCCGAUGAAGGCUUACGAGCCGACGAAUACCAUCUUGCUGGAGGGAGUAGCAUCGAAAAGCAUGUGGACUUUGCCGUGGGUAGCUUGGAGCGUCCCAUGACUGAUGACGAGUUGGCACGGAAGUUCGUUGACCAAUGCGCGGCAAUCCUGGGGCCAGAGCGCACUCAUGAGACAAGCCAAUGGUGUAGGGAUUUGGAAAGACAAACUGACAUCCGUCGAAUCAAGGACGUCUUGUGA